UUAAACGCCAACCACCACCACCGUGAGUUCAGUUCACUCAUUUAUUGACAUAAAUCGGACACAGAACGGAAGAGAAUGGCAGCUGGAAAAGCACAUAUUGGGAAACUUGCUCCAGACUUCACAGCCAAAGCUGUGAUGCCAGAUGGACAGUUUAAAGAUCUCAACUUGUCUGACUACAGAGGGAAGUAUGUAGUGUUAUUCUUCUACCCACUGGACUUCACUUUUGUGUGCCCCACUGAGAUCAUCGCCUUCAGUGAUGCCGUCGAAGAGUUCAGGAAAAUCAACUGUGAGGUCAUUGGUGCCUCUGUUGAUUCCCACUUCUGUCAUCUUGCCUGGAUAAACACCCCUCGGAAGCAAGGCGGUUUAGGACAUAUGAAUGUCCCUUUGGUGGCAGAUUCCCUUCGCUCCAUAUCUCAAGAUUAUGGUGUACUUAAGGAAGAUGAGGGUAUUGCCUACAGAGGUCUUUUCAUCAUCGAUGACAAAGGCAUUCUGAGGCAGAUAACCAUCAAUGACCUGCCAGUGGGCCGAUCCAUUGAUGAAACUCUGCGCUUGGUUCAAGCAUUUCAGUUCACCGACAAACAUGGAGAAGUUUGCCCAGCCGGAUGGAAGCCCGGAAAGGACACAAUUAAGCCUGACGUCCAGAAAAGUAAAGACUUCUUCUCCAAACAAAAUUAAAUGCACAAUACUGUGUAGCAUAGUAUUAAAGGCCCUGUGCCAGGACUAUCUAUAGUACAAGAGUAACAAAGUACAACUAGUUAGUCUAGAACAUCUGUGUAGGAGUGGUAGUAAAUGUUAUUUAUAUUGUUUUAUAUAUAUUGUGAGAAGGGAAGACAUUUAGACAAAAGUGUAUCAUGGUCAAAACCAAAUGUUUUGUAACAUUUGUGUUAGUACAUACAAAGUGCAUUCCUUUUGAUGUGGAACAAAUGUUGUAUAGUGGGGACCAGCUUAUUUGUAUUGUAUUAUCAUCAAAAUGCUUGUAUUUCAAACAAUAAAAACAAUUUUA